AAACAAAAUAAUUUUCUAAAAUACGCAAUUCUAUUGACAAAUAAGCCUUUAAUCAGCAUUUCAUCAACAAAAAAUGGACAACAAGCAACAUGAAGCGCUUAAGCGCAAAAUUGAUCAAGCAAUGGAACAAACUAGACGUUCAUUAGAAGCUGUUGAUAUACAUCGUCGAAAUUUGAUUGAUAAUGAGCUAGCUUUACUAUAUUCUGCCAUGGAUCUUAAAAAUCUAACUGAUUCGCUUGUAAAUGAUCAGGAAGUACUAUACAAGUGCUUAUGUGAUCUCAAAGCUAUGAAAGACAAAUCAGAAGCAACAGAUGCACAAAUAAAGAUUGAAGAGGAUUUGGAAGUAAGAGGAGCACAAAUUAUUGAAAUGACUUCAAAGCAGGAAGAUUUGGACGCAAAAGUGAAAAAAUUAGCUGAGAGUUUCAAGACAAUUCCUGAAUUAAGAAUUGCUUUGUCGCACAUAUUGAAUAAGUUAUUGGAAUCUCGAAAUGACUACAAAAAACAAUUAACAAAAGCUGAAGAACGUAUCAAACAAUUACUUGCUGAAAAUUCAGACCAAAAAGUACGCAAAAACAAGUCUAACGUUCAAAAAGUAGUACCAAAGCGUCAAAUUGUCAUUAAACCGUAUAGCGUGGAAUCAGCUAUCGAAGAUGGUGGACCUAGCGAGUCAAAUGACAAUUUUAGAGAUCCUGACUAUUUCCCACGAUCAUAUGCUGCUCAGCAAGUAAAGAGGCUUAAAGUCACAUGCGCAUGUAAAACAAGCUGCUUAAAGAACCAUUGUGUAUGUAAAAAAGCUGGAAGUUACUGCAUUAAUUGCGACUGUACUAAUUGUUUGAAUAUUGAGCCUACGGAAAUAUUAAUUGCUGAAAAGAAGGAAUUUAGUGUGGAUUUGUAGGCUUUAAAUCUUGCAUUUCUUUCCUGUACGAAUUAAUGAAAAAAUUGCGCAUAUUAAUGACCCUAUAAAAUAAGUCUCUUGGCUUACGAAAUUUAUUUUUCAAACUGUUAUAAACAUAGAAAUUGAAUGUUUAAUAUAACUUUUAAAGGUACAAGAAAUAAAGAAGAUUAAAAACGAU